AGCUCUCUGAAACAUUGUUACUGGGCGUAGGAAGAGCACGAUCUCUUGCAAAUGCAGUUUCAUUCUUACUAGUAAAAAAUGUAAUCUCUUUUAAAACUGUUGAUUCAGCCUAAUUUCUACUGGAAGUGGAAUUCUUUUCCAGCUCUCCAUGCACUUAAAAAUUAGGACUAGUCGUACAGUACAAAGAGGGUUGGGAAGAUUCUGGCCUUGGAAAAAUUGCAUCCUGUGAAGGAAAUUCUUUUGGGGUCCUCUUCCCCGUAGUCUCUUUUUCUGCAUUAUUGAUGAUUUCAGCUUAUAGGUCUAGAACAGAUUUAUGUGAAUAUGGUGAAGAGACUUUGAUCUUGUGAUUGGCAAAAUGUUCUUAACGUUUGCUGUGUGUCAUGGAAUUGUGUUAUUGGCAUUUAACAGCAAUUCGGCUGGCAACACGAGGGCAGUUCAUCUCUGGUUACAGGAAAGUGUAGAGAAAAGAAUUCCAGACUUUGUAAAAGCUGGCUGUCCUUAAUUGCAGUCAUCCAUCCCUGUGUUCUCAUGUUUUAAUAGCAGUGAAUGGGAAAAUGCCUACUAAAUGCAAUUAAGUAUUUCCCUGCCCACACUGCACAGACAUACCACGUAUCGAGGAGUUAACAUUUGUUUAGGAGGAAAUGAAGAACAGGGAUCACAGUAGAGAUUAGCAGCAAGAUUUCUGCAUGAUACUCUGGCAUUUUUUUUAUAUAUGCUUUGCAGGAAAGGAGGAGAAUUUGCUAAUUCUCCCCCUUUAUUAUGUAAAGGAUAAGUUUGUUAAGGGAUCUGAUCUCAGUUCUUCCCAGCUUUGGCUCUCCACAUUUCCAGCCAGUAUAUUUGUGGUAGUGGUUUGUGAUUGUGAAUCUGAACUACAGCUUUGUAGUUCUUUUGUCAUGCCUUAGUACGUGAAGGUCUGGAGGAAGUUUUGCCCUUUUAUAAUCCCUUCUCUGCCCUCAUAGUCUCUCUGUGCAAUAGCUGGAUCCCCAGAGCUGCAUUUAGCAGCAGUUGGGCUGGUACGUGGCAGACGAAGGGUCGUCUCUGCAGCUGGGUCAGGUCAGCGCGUCAGUUCCCGGUGGUAGCCAUGCUGGUGACCUCCUUAGCAACUAGAAAGCGCUGGCAACAAAUGCUUCCUGCAUCCAGCAGGGCAAAAGGACGAGGUUUCUAUCUCAAGGCUAAAUGCAAAUGGUCAAGAUUUAGUGUUAGCAGUAGCUGUCUUGCAGGUAGCUGCCUUUGCAAGAAUGGCUCAUUCAGAAGGAUUCCUGCCCAUGGACCACAGGUACUGCAAUGCGAUGCCGGCUCUGGACAAGUUCCCGUGCUCCAGUGCCAUCCCUGCUGUCCACCACUGCUGCAGGAGCUCCUUUGCCAUGCAUCCCGCCUGGAUCACCAAGCCCCUGGCUCCCCUGCGGUGCCAAUGGAUUGGGUGCUGCCUUCCUUCUCCUGGCCCAGCAUGGCAGAGGCUGAGCACGUUGCAGAGAUCAGUGAUCUUAGACAAAAACGUCCCUGUUCUGGUGAGAGGGGAGCGUGAUGGAUUUUAUUACCGUGGUACAGUAAAAGAGGAGAUAGAGAAUGAAAGGGGAAUGUUCCUGGUGGAGUUUACCAGACCACUUCAGUCGCAUGGAAGGCAUUCGGUCUGUGUGCAAAAAACAGCAAAGGAUGACAUCCUGGAGUAUGCCAACGGCAUGAAGCAUUCCUUGCUGCCGGGAGACAAAGUACUGGCACCUUGGGAACCAGAUUUGGUGAGGUUUGGCCCCGGAACUGUCCUCACGGGCAUUGAGACGAGGGACCCCUUACGAGCCUCAGAAGAUGAAGAAAUUCUGGUUCAGUUCUGGAAUGACAAGAAAGUGAAGCUGCCACGAGGUGUAGCACUGUGGAUCCCCCCUAGCCUGUGUGGGAGGAUUGUGGAGAUGAUCCACAUGCCUUUCUCCAGCAGGAUAAGGCACAGAGGAAGUCCUGACACUAACCCGUGCAUUUUUUCCUGCAGUCCUAAAACCGCCCUGGUUCCUGUUUGCGUUGCACGUAGCCUCACCAAGCACAGCUUGCUCUGCUCACCCUGCUGGCCACUUCUCCACUGUCAUGGUGGUGGUGUGUGCUGUUCAUCAGCCUGUGUCCGGUGCUUCUGCUGCUGCCAUGGCCAUUCUGAUGUCUGGUGGCCUCUUCCACCCAGGUCUCAGGUCUUUCAGAGAGAAGCUGAAGGGUCAGAGCCCAGCAGCAAAUCCUCUCCACACCUUCUAGAACUGGAAGGUCCAAAACAAGAGGAUUUAGCAGCUGUGGCGGCACGUACCCCCUCUUCUGAUUCAGAGGGUGAUCCAGAGCUGUUCCCCACUCAGAAUGCUGCAGUGGACAGUGCUGUUAACACAGACCCCAGUCAUCCUGAGAAGCCUAGGCUGGAGGAAUCUGCAGGACCCAAGUGGAAAUACUGGAGAAGGAGCCACUGCAAGUCUCAUGCCAGUAAUUCAGGAAUUGGCACUCACAGCAGCACAGGUACAAAUGGCAAGCUGGAAUCUAAAUCCAUCUCUGUUGUGGACAUGUCCCGUGUUGCACCACCUGAUUGGAGUGCAGUGUUUGAAACCACUGAGCAUCCUCUCAGAGGGCCAUUCACAAUGAAAGAAAUCCUAAAAUGCCAGGAUUUCAAGCUGUCAACAGGGGAGGAAGGUUCUGUAGCAUCAGGAAAGCAAAGAUAUAAAAGUGCAAGAAAGAAAACAGAGUCGGACAACAAACAUGAAGCGGCUUGCUCAGGAAAGGACGAACUUGGCAAUACAAACUGUAUCAGCAAAGAAUGGAGAGGGAAAAAACAGCAAAGAGCUCCCAAUAAAGCAGAGAGAGACAUGAUCCAUCGGAAUUCAGUAACUGUACAGCUGAUGAAGUUCAAGAGCUGAAAUUUCAGGGUUUGACUACUGUUAUACUGAAUUAUUUGGACAUGAACUCUUUACAAUUCUGGAGAGAUCAGGUAAACUAGUAUUAGUGCUGAAAGCCUGAGCAGAUGCAAAGCAAGGGUCUAAUAAACCUCCAGUUUAUCUACCGUCCUCUGGUGCUAGCCGGAGGAAUUUGGCAUAGCAAUGUCUCUGGGGGAAGCCAGAAGAAAUCGAGAAAUAAUGCUGCCUGACAGCCCCUAAUUUUUACUUUAUUUUUUUGUCAGGAUUAAAGCAAAAGAGAGAGUCACCGGAGAGUAAGGAAUGUGUAGCUUAACACAGUUCUCAGUGGUUCGGUGUUCAAGCCAUUGAAUUUUAUAUUCUCCUCAGCAUUAACUGAAACCUUAAUACCAUCAGCUACAAAGAGAUUACAGACUACGUAGAGCAUGUCACUAAUUCUAACUGUGGAAUCUGAUCCUUUGGGAGAGGUAAGCAUCCAGUACGUUAGUGGGAUCAUUCAUGUUUAAAGCACAUGAACUUGGAAAUAAGCUGCAGCUUGCGGCUGCUCAGCAGGUAAUAGAAGACAAUUCAGGUUAUCCUGCCUUCUGCUGAAAAAGGCAGCUAGGCAAUUGUUAGCCUAGUUUAGAGCCUGCAGAGACAGGACUUGAAGCUUGUCAGUAGUUAUGUGCCUGUGCUGAGCACUAACACCUAUUCAAGCACCUUGUUGAGUUGGUCUCCUAGAUAGUAAAUGUCAUAGAAUUGUUGGGGAUAGAAGGGACCUCUGGAGAUCAUUGAGUCCAACUCUCCCUUACUAAAGCAGGUUCCCUACAGCAGGUCACGCAGGUAGGUGUCCAGGCAGAUUUUGAGUAUCUCCAUAGAAGACUCCACAACCUCUCUGGGAAGCCUGUUUCAGUGCUCUGUCAGCCUUGCGGGAAAGAUUUUCAUGUUCAGAUGGAACUUGCUAUAUUUGUUUGUGCCCUUUGCUCAUCAUUCUGUUGCUGAGCACCGCUGAAAAGAGCCUGGCCCCAUCUUCUUGACUCCUGCACUUUCAGUGUUUAUAAGCAUUGGUAAGAUCUCUCAGUCUUCUCCAGGCUGAACAGCCCCAGGUCUCUCAGCCUUUCCUCACAAGGAAGAUGCGCCAGGCUCCUCAUCAUCUUUGUGGCCCUUUGCUGGACUCUCUCUAGAUCCCUGUCUUUCUUGAACUGGGGAGCCCGGAAUGGUACACAGCACUCCAGCUGUGGCCUCACCAGGGAAGAGUAGAAGGGGAGGAUCAUCUCCCUCCACCUGCUGGCCAUUAAAAAAGCACACCCAAAAUGGCAUUGUUUCUUUAUCAGAAUUAGAAAAAUAUACAUAAGGGAAAUGCACUUUGAGACAGAUGGUCAGCCGCUCUAGAACUAGUGCCAGAGCUGGUGUGUAUGUCUGCAUUCACACCACCGGAAUCUCCCUCUUUGUGGUCAAGAAGGUGACAUGGACUUUCCGUCUGAGGGUAAUAUAAAAUAAACUGGCAUCACAAAGACCAAAC